AUGGACUGCUUGGUGGAAGGCUUAGGCAAAGACGGUUUCAUUCAAGGGCGUGUGGAUGAAGGGGUUUGCUCUGUUCCUUAUUUUGUUUGGAUGGAGAGAAAUGGUAGAAGAUACGAUGGAGUGUAUAAUUUAGUGGAGCACUGUUUUGUUUUGCUGAGAAGUGAAAUAAGUGCUCAAUCUCUAAUUCAUACAGGUUCUGCCAUUUCCAUUUCGGAUUUGCUGUGUGCUAGAAGACUUGGUUUUUCAGGGGUGAGGAGUAGACCUCGGGAAACCUUUCACAUUUUCUGGUGUCCUUCCGAGGUGGGCUGGGUUAAACUCAAUACUGAUGGCUGUUCAAUUAGAAAUCCAGGGAAGUCAGGAGCAGGGGGUGUGAUUAGGAAUGAUAAGGCUGAGAUGAUCUUAAAUUUCAGAAGCUUCUUAGGUGUUCGUACAAACUUUGAGGCGGAAUUCAUGACACUUAUGAUUGGGAUUGAGAUUGCAAUUCAUCUGAAUAUGCAGCGAAUCUGGAUAGAGUGUGACUCAGUUGUGGUUGUAACCCUCUUUCUGAAAAGAAGGCCUCCUUGGAUAGCUCGUCAGAGAUGGCAGAAUUGCAGCUCUGAUUAA